GGCUGUUCUUCCUCCUCCUCCUCUUCCUCAGACAUGUGGAGCAGCUAAGCGCAGCAGCUUCCUCCUGCCGGAUCUACCGGGUCUACCGGAGCUGCCAUGAUGUCUUCGCGGCUCUGCGCCGCCCUCUGCCUCCUCCUCACCGCCUCCUGCCGCCUCUGCUCGGCCGCCCGACACGGUUGUUUGUUUGAGAAGAAGAUCUGUCCCAGAGGUCAGCUCUGCAGCGAUGACGGCCUGUUCGGCCAGUGCCGCUCUCCAGACCAGAAGCCGGUCCGGUACCGAGUCUCCGGCCCGGUUCUGCUGCGGCUGCAGGAAAUCCUGAAGGGCCUGAUGGUUCAGGGUCUGACCUGGAAUGACGAGCUGACCCAGUCCAUCAUCAGCCGGGAGCUGAGCCGGGUUCCUACCACCGACCCAGAUCUGGACCCAGACAUGGACCCGGAGGAGAACCCUCCCAAACCUUCCGUUUGGUUCCCCAGGUCCUCCAGGCUGCUGGGCCCGGCCCCUCAGACAGAACUGGACCCUGGAGGUCCAGCAGAACCCGAGCUGAUGCAGCAGUACCUGGACUACCUGGUUUUGGACCCAUACCAUCAGAACCAGAACCAGGAGCAGCGCUCCCUCAAGUCCCUGGACCAGAACCCGACCUUCCAGCGGGGCGACGCUCUGGACCGGGACCGGCUGCUGCUGCAGGACCUGCUGUCCCUCUACCUGUCCUCCUCGCCGGCACUGCCUCGUCACCGGGGGGCGCCGGCCGCCAGCUCCUCCCUGCUGCCUGACCUGGACAUCCCUCUGGACUACAACCAGGACUACAACUCCCAGGAUCCUCAGCUCAAGAAGCAGGAGCUGGAUAUCCUGUCAGGACUGGACGGGCGCUCCCUGCGCAGACUGUCUCUGCUGCUGGACGGUUUGGACCCGUCUGCAGUGUGGCAGGACCAGCGGUUGGACUCGUCCUCUGUCCCCCAGCAGAGCGCAGCAGAUCGCCUGGGAGACGGCGCAGCAGCCAAGCAGAAGCUCACAGAGGCCUUAAUGGCAUAUAAAGCGGCUCUCCAGGAGGCUCCGCCCCCAACCGCCAGGCCACCUGGAGGACAGAAGGAGCCAGCCAAUCAGGACGCAGGAGGCGUAGCUAAGCUGUCCGGACACACCAAUCAGAGCGCGGUCAAACCGGCCGUCACCUUCAGAACCAGACCCAACUCCAGGAACCUGACGGUUGCACACCAACCAGUUGCAGGGCAGAACUUUCUGGAGCCUGAGACCGGUCUAAAGGUUCUCCAGAGUGUCACCGAACAGACGGAAGAGGGGAAGUCAUCAUUGCCCCUGGCGACCAGAGUCCAGCCCGGCUCCCGCUGGGUGUUUGCCACGCUGGUGUCCAUGGCGUGCAUCGGCGGCAUCCUGGUGGCGGCCAUGACCAUCGCCUGCCUGCGGCGCCACGCCCACCGCCUGGCUGCCAAGAAGCUUGGCCUGGGCCCGGACGGCGGCGGCUUCACCCACCAGGAAUACCAGGAUCUGUGUCGGCAGCACAUGGCCUCCAAAGGCGCCUUUGGCCGGCUGGAGGCCGCCGCCCUAGGCGCGGUGGGCGGGGCCGGCGGCGCGGCGGGGGCCGCGGCCGGCGCGGUGGGCGGGGCCGGUGUGGCGGGCGGAGUCGGGCCAGACUCCAGGGUGAGCAGCGUGUCGUCCCAGUUCAGCGACGGCGCCCAGCCCAGUCCCAGCUCCCACAGCAGCACGCCGUCCUGGUGCGAGGAGCCGGCGCAGGCCAACAUGGACAUCUCAACGGGUCACAUGAUCCUGGCCUACAUGGAGGACCACCUGCGGAACAAGGACCGGCUGCUGAAGGAGUGGGCCGCUCUCUGCUCCUACCAGGCAGAACCCAGCGCCGUCUCCGUGGCCCAGAGCGACGCCAACGCCAAGAAGAACCGCUGCCCUGACUCGGUGCCCUAUGACCACUCCAGGGUGAAGCUGAAGGCCGACAGCAACCCAUCUCGCUCCGACUACGUCAACGCCAGCACCAUCAUUGAACACGACCCCAGGAUGCCGGCCUACAUCGCAACCCAGGGCCCCCUGUCACACACCAUCUCUGACUUCUGGCAGAUGGUUUGGGAGAAUGGCUGCACAGUGAUUGUGAUGAUGACUGCUCUGGUGGAGGAUGGGGAGAAGCAGUGUGACCGCUACUGGCCAGAUGAAGGCUCCUCCCUCUACCACAUCUACGAGGUGAACCUGGUGUCGGAGCACAUCUGGUGUAACGACUUCCUGGUGCGCAGUUUCUACCUGAAGAACGUGCAGACGCAGGAGACGCGCACGCUCACGCAGUUCCACUUCCUCAGCUGGCCAGCGCAGGGAAUCCCCACCUCCACGCGCCCCCUGCUGGACUUCCGCAGGAAGGUGAAUAAAUGCUACCGCGGACGCUCCUGCCCCAUCAUCGUUCACUGCAGCGACGGCACUGGGCGGACCGGGACGUACAUCCUGAUCGACAUGGUUCUGAACCGCAUGGCUAAAGGCGUCAAGGAGAUCGACAUCGCCGCUACGCUGGAGCACGUCCGGGACCAGCGGCCCGGGAUGGUCCGCACCAAGGACCAGUUUGAGUUUGCUCUGACGGCAGUUGCAGAGGAGGUGAACGCCAUCCUCAAGGCAUUGCCCCAGUGACCCCUGGACGACCCCCGGCACCGACUCAGGAUGAUCUAGGCGAUGUGUUCAGGAGCAUUCAGGAGAACCUGCGUGAAAUGUGCAUGUGAAUGCACCACAAGCUUUACCCACCCAGACAGCUGGUGUUGUGUUGUAGCUGAACCUGCAGAGGCGGAUCCGCUCCAGGUUUUCUCUGCUGCUCAUGGACCCCGCCCCCCCUGUGCAUUUCCUGUCUAUGUAGUGUUACCCUCCAGCAAGAGAAAACUAUAAAAAUAAAUCUGAUUUUGUAAGUGUGACUUUAAAUAAAUCUGUGUUGCA